AUGCCGCCUGGAUUCGAGGAAACAACAUGGAUCGUUCAUUUUGUAUCCAUCUCCAUCAAACAAAGCAUCAUAUGGAUGAAUAAAGCCUCAAAGAUCUGGAAUGACCUAAAGAACAUAUUUUCUCAAGGAAGCCUCUCUCGCAUUUCUAGCCUUCAACUUGAAAUUGCCACUCUUCAUCAAAGUGAUCUUUCCAUUUCUGAGUAUUUCACCAAAUUGCGUAUUCUCUGGGACGAGAUAGAAAAUUUCCGCCUAGAACCUCCUUGCACCUGUAAACCCGAUUGUGGUUGUGGAGUUCUGACUGUCUUCAAACAAAAAAGACAAGAAGACCAAGUCAUGCAAUUUUUACGGGGAUUAAGCGACCGAUUUAAUAAUGUUACAUCACAUAUGCUUCUACUGGACCCUAUUCCGGACAUCACCAAGGUCUUUUCACUGGUGACACAACAAGAAAGGCAGUUGUCUAGUGGAAAUUUAAUUGCUGCCACAAAGACUCAAGACAGUGGAACUGCCACUUCCUACACCAUUUUCACCUCCUCCACUGUUUACAAUUAUUGUGGAAAGAAUGAUCACAUUGAAGCAGUUUGGUAUCGCAAGAAUGGCUUCCCUAAUCAAGACAAAGGCUUCAAAAAUGCACCGACUGGCAGAAAGCAUUGCACUCAUUGCAACAAAAGUGGUCACACUGUGGAUGUUUGCUAUAAAAAGCAUGGUUAUCCUCUAGGACAUAAGUUCUAUCACAAGUCUACCCAGAUUAAUCACACUUCUACCCAAGAAGAAAAUGGGAAUGUCAAGGAUACCAACUUUAAUGGUGUUGAUCACAUACGUCUCACACCAGAACAAUUUCAAGUUCUUGUAGAGCUCUUCAAAGGCCACAAUUUGAAAGGUACUUCCACUUCUGCUCAAGUUCACCACGUUGGAUCUGCUUCGGCAAAUCAACCUCCUUUAGGUAAUAUAUGCCUUACUCUUACUUUCAAUUAUCCUAAAAACAAUUGGAUCCUUGAUUCUGGAGCAACUAACCACAUACGUAUUUCUCUACGAAACUUUUUAUCUUAUAAAAAAAUCAAGCCUAUUCAAAUUGUUUUACCUAAUGGUACUAUUGUUUACUCUGAAUAUUCCGGUACUCUUAUUCUUCACAACAAGAUACACCUCUUAAAUGUCCUUUAUGUUCCACAAAUUCUCCUUUAA